AUGGAAUGGACGGGCUGGUCGGGAUGGGCAGGGGGGCGUGCAAUCAUAUAUGCGUCAGAUGCGGUUCGGAUUGAAAAUGUUGUGGACCUUGAUGGCGACCUUGUAGCAGGAAAGCGAAAAAUGUCAGAGAAAAUGCUUGCAGCACAGAAGGAGUAUCGGGAUAGGUGUCCUCCAGUGAUCAUCGAGUACUAUAACCCACGGCCAAUGAGGUGCUGCCGUGAAGUGGUGUGCUCUUACUAUGUGGCCUCCGAGUAUGCCAAGAAAUCACCAAAGAUGUGUGGAACAACUUCAGUUCAGUUGGCCAAAGACACCAAUGAUUUACCAAAGUAUGAUAAGGAAAUGAUUGGGUUAGGGCUCAAGAAUUUGAUGGAUUGGAGGGAGGAUGUGUGGGCAAGACGCCGUGCAGAAGCCAAACUUAGUCACUUGGAUCCUCCCAAUUUCAUAGUCACUGGCCAAGCACUCAGCUUGCUGGUGUCAGUAAUCCACCAAGCAACAAUGGAAAGUCGCACCUUAGAGAUCUUGGACCAGUGGAUAAAUAUCCUGGAGCUUGACCUCAGUGAUGAAGAAAAGCUGUCUCUCAUUCCGGUGGUGAGCGCAUGCAAUUCAUGGUGGAAUGCGAAGCGCAAGCAGACAAAAGCCCAGCAGAAAGAAGCUGAAAUGAAGAAGAGCACUGCAGUCCGCAAACGAUCUCGGGUGCAAGUCGCACAAGAUGAUGGCGAUGAGGGAUUGGUGCUCACCAGGGAAAUGGCAGUAGAACCUGUUGGAAAACAGCGCGCUAGCGUGGCCAUGCGAGUUUUUGUACAGCCACAUUCCCACGGCCGAGCGAGGAACUUGCCUGGCCAGCCACAUCUAUUUAUUCAUUCUUUUGUAUUCAUUUCGGACUAUCCCGCUCCCAAACUACAUGGGAAUUACCACUCUUUGAAUCACUUUUUCCCUCAGUUCUCUUUUGCAUUAUUUGCUUGA